AUGCACUUCCUUCGCUCCCUCCUAGCGGGAACCUUUCUCGCUGCCGGCGCCUUCGCAGCCAAGAAGACCCCCGAAGAACGAUUCAACGAUUUCCACGCAAAGGCCCUUACCUCGUCUCCGAUCAAGCUCGCCGAUACCAGCUACAAGUCUUUGACUUCUGCUCCCCGCGAUUACACCGUUGCAGUCCUCCUGACCGCUCUCGAGAAUCGAUUUGGUUGCCAAUUGUGCCGCGAGUUCCAGCCGGAAUGGGAUCUUCUGGGCAAGACCUGGACCAAGGGUGACAAGAAGGGCGAGUCGCGCCUUCUCUUCGGUACUCUCGAUUUCUCUGAUGGCCGCGAGGUCUUCAUGUCGCUCGGCCUCCAAACCGCCCCCGUCCUGCUCCUGUUCCAGCCCACCAUCGGUCCUCACGCUGUUGCUGCUGUCGAUCCUCUGCAAUACGACUUUACCAGCGGACCUCAGUCUGCUGAACAGGUUCAUGCCUGGCUGUCGAGACACCUUACUGACCGACCUCACCCUCCGGUGAAGCGCCCGAUCAACUGGAUGCGAUGGAUUUCUAGCAUCACCAUUGUCCUUGGUCUUGGCACUGUCCUCGUUACUGCCUCGCCUUACAUCCUUCCCGUCAUUCAGAACCGCAACUUGUGGGCCGCUAUUAGUCUCAUUGCCAUCCUGCUCUUCACCAGUGGCCACAUGUUCAACCAUAUCCGCAAAGUUCCCUAUGUUGCUGGAGAUGGCCGUGGUGGUAUCAGCUACUUUGCCGGUGGCUUCCAGAACCAGUUCGGUUUGGAGACCCAGAUCGUAGCUGCUAUCUACGGUGUCUUGGCUUUCUGUGCCAUCUCUCUCACCGUUAAGGUGCCUCGUAUUGGCGACAACAAGAGACAGCAGGUUGCUGUUCUGGCCUGGGGUGGUGUUCUGUUCAUCAUGUACAGCUUCCUUCUCAGCGUUUUCCGCAUCAAGAACGGUGGCUACCCGUUCUCUCUGCCUCCUUUCAUGUAA